AUAUAGUCUGUAUUUACCGUAUUUAUAAAUUUAUAUUGUUAUAGAAAAACAAACCUUGUAAACAAUGACAGACACCUACUCAUAUCGGAAGGAUAGUGCUUUCUUCGAUGAAGAUGUUAGUUUACCCGUGGGUAAUCAAAGUCGCCUAGAUCAUGUGUUUGUGGGAACCUUUGUGCAGUCAGUUGCAUUUUCUGAGAUGGUCGUUGAGAAGCGCGUGGUGGGAGUGUGUACCGAUGGCAAGAUUGCAUUCACAGGGCACGAGGAUGAAUUACCUGAGUUGAUGCAAACACAUGGGUUAGUUGAGGCGGAUAUUGUUCGACUUGGAGAAAACGAGUUUAUUAUGCCAGGCUUAAUAGACACGCACCACCACGCACCACAGUAUGCGUUUGCAGGCACAGGUUAUGAUUUGACUCUGUUGGACUGGUUGAAUACAUACACAUUCCCGGUGGAGUCUAAGUAUAGCUGCGAGAAAUUUGCCAAGGAAACGUACAAGAAGGCUGUGAAACGCACACUUGACUCGGGAACUACUACUAACACAUACUUCGCCACCAUCCACCUGGAGGCUAGCAAGAUCCUUGUUGAAACCAUUGGUGAGAUUGGUCAGCGAGCAUUUGUAGGCAAGGUCAACAUGGACCGCAACUCGCCUGACUACUACAGGGAAGAGACCGGCGAUUCCUUGGGCGAUACGGAAGAAUUCAUCCAACACGUCAUCAACGGGCCUUAUUCGGAGAGAAUCACCCCCGUCAUCACCCCUCGAUUUGUGCCGUCCUGCAGUUCAGAACUCAUGCACGGCCUGGGCGAGUUAGCCGCCAAGUACGACAUCCCCAUCCAAUCGCACCUGUGUGAGAACAAGCCCGAGAUUGAGUGGGUCAAGACCCUACAUCCCGAAAGUGUGGCCUAUGCACACGUGUACGAUGACCACCGCCUGCUCACAGACCGGUCUAUUAUGGCCCAUUGCGUGCACCUCAGCGACGAGGAGAUCGACCUGUUCCGCAAGAACAACGCCGGUGUAUCACAUUGCCCGAACUCGAACUUUUCACUCACCAGCGGCUGCUUGAACGUGCGCCGGUUACUUGAGAGCGAUAUCAAGGUGGGACUAGGCACAGACGUGAGUGGGGGCUACUCCAGCUCUAUGCUGGACUCUAUGCGCCAGGCCAUCAUCUGCUCUACGGCUGUACACUUUCAGGACGAAUCUCGAGUGCCGUUAUCGUAUCAAGAGGUGUUCUAUUUGGCGACGCUGGGAGGGGCGACUGUGUUGGGCAUGGAUGAUACCCUGGGAACGUUUGAGGUAGGCAAGCAGUUUGAUGCCUUGCGGGUGAACCCGGAUGUAGAGGGAUCGCCAUUUGACCUAUACGAGGGAGACACUGUAAGUGACAUUGUGCAGAAGUUCCUUUACCUGGGAGAUGACAGGAACAUCACGCACGUGUUUGUGUCAGGAAAGACCGUUAAGUCGAUCUAAACGAUCAAGUCACCGUGGUAGGUGCUCGCCGGUAUGAUGUAUGCUGGGCAACUGCACACUCAUAAACACGUAGGCAUCAGUGUUUUAAUUAGAACGAGAGAUGCAGAGAAUAUGGAAGGGUGUCAUAGUAGAGAUUGUCAUUGUAGUAUGCACUCUGUAGUACAAAUUUUAACCUUUAAGGGUAGAGAAGUGACCUACAUAUUGUUAAAAGUAAAUAGAAAAAUAGAAUGGAAAGAUAUAGAAACCUAGUGUUAAAACGUUAGAAACCACUAGUUGGAUGUUCCUCUGGUAGCGAGCAUUCAGAAUAAAUCAAGAUCGUAU